AUGCCUGAUUCGAAAAACAAUAAUGCUGAUCAGAAAGACAACAACAAUGAUGAUGAUUUGACGAAAAACAAUUCGACUUCCAGAAAAGACAGUGACUCGAAAAACAACAUUGAUUCUGAGGCUUCUCCGCCUCAGGGAUAUGGCAGUGGUGGUAACUUGCCACCUCCUCAAUCCUUCGAGAGGCAAAAUUCUCGCAACGACAACAAGGUUUACAAGAGCGGACCACUGUUUCUGUCAUCAAAAGGGAUCGGCUGGACCUCAUGGAAGAAAAGGUGGUUUAUUCUAACGGAAACCUCAUUGGUCUUCUUCCGAAGUGAUCCAAAUGCUAGUACUGAAAAGGGGGGUGGUGAGGCAAAUCUAACCCUUGGUGGAAUAGACCUCAACAGCUCAGGCAGUGUGGUGGUGAAAGCAGAUAAGAAGCUCUUAACUGUGUUAUUCCCUGAUGGUCGUGACGGGAGGUCAUUUACUCUCAAGGCUGAAACUUUAGAUGAUUUAUACGAAUGGAAGACCGCAUUGGAGGAAGCUUUAGAAAAUGCGCCUACUACCGCUAGCACAGGGACGACACAAACUGGGAAUUCAAAAAGUGAGAAGGGUGAGAUUUUUUUUGGUUGUUUCUUUAUUCCAGUAGCAAAAGAUCGUUCGCCUCCAAAAUCUCAGGUCCUUGGUCGACCGGUCUUACUUGCAUUGGAAGAUGUAGAUGGGACUCCAUCCUUCUUGGAGAAAGCCCUUAGAUAUGUAGAAGAGCAUGGAAUUAAAGUAGAAGGAAUACUACGGCAGGCUGCAGAUGUAGAACUUGUUGAGCGUCGAAUUCGAGAAUAUGAACAAGGAAAAAUAGAAUUCACUGCAGAUGAGGAUGGACAUGUUAUUGGAGACUGUAUCAAGUAUGUUCUUCGGGAGUUACCAUCAUCUCCAGUUCCAGCUUCUUGCUGCAAAGCUCUGCUACAAGCAUAUCGAACUGAUCGGUGCUCAAGAGUCAACAUGAUGCGUGCAGCUAUAUGCGACACGUUUCCCGAACCAAAUCGCCGUCUGUUACAAAGAAUUUUGAUGACAAUGGAAGUUGUUGCUGAGAACAAGGAUGUGAAUCGCAUGAGUGUUUCGGCUGUUGCUGCUUGCAUGUCACCGUUACUUCUUAGACCCCUUUUGGCUGGCGAAGUUGAGCUUGAUAAUGAGUUCAAUAUGGGCGGUGAUGGAUCUGCUCAACUUAUGCAAGCUGCUGCAGCAGCUAACCAUGCUCAAGCCAUCAUCAUCACCCUGCUAGAGGAAUAUGACAAUAUAUUUGGGGAAGGAGACAUGUUAUCCGAUCUAUACUCUGACUCAGAUGAGAGUGGAAGUGGAAGUGAAGAACUUAGUGAUGAUGAUGCUUACGAAGAUGAUGACCAUGAAGAUGGUGAUUAUUCAUCUGAUGGUGCAUCAAAUAGUAGUGAGGAUGAUGGAGACAACUAUCAACACCGCAACAAGGCAAAGAAGAAAGCAAACAUUGACAACGUCGAAGUGAUAGCUGAAGAAAGGGAUGAAAUAUUCAGGCUUGAGAGCCUUAAAGCUGAUUUAAUGAAGAAAGUUGAAGAAGAGACAAGACACAAUUCAAUUCUUAAAGAAGAACUCUUAAGCAAAAAAGAUGCUUUAGGGGACCGUCGUCUAGCUCUUGAGCAGGAGGUGACAACAUUGAAGGAACAGUUGCAGAGGGAGAGAGAAUUAAGGAAAGUACUUGAGGCUGGACUCAUGAUGUCAAAGAAGGUCUCACUCUUACCUGGCUCCAUUGAUGAAAAGACCAAGGUAGAUCUUGAGGAUGUUGCUCAAGCAGAGGCUGAAGUCAUCACUUUACAACAAAAGCUUGAUGAUCUUGAAAUGCAGUUAAAUCAAGGAAAAGUAAAAGAUAAAGAGAAGGACCGUGAAGCUUCGAAUGCACGUAAGAGUAAGGGCUUUCACUCUCUAUCAACACGCAAAAAGGAACCGAGUAUGAGCAAGUCAACUUCAAUCAUGGUCAAGAGAUCCAACUCGAGGGGUGAGGCAGCUAAUACAAAUUCAGCACUCUCAAAAAUAACCAACAGGCUCAGUUUUUUGAAAGAAAAACGAAAUCAAAUGACAAAUGAGCUGGAGACCGUUGAUAAUAAAGGCCAGUCAUCCCAAAAAAGUGAUGGCGGUAAUCGAAAAGAGUCCGAAUCACUUGAAGAGUCAUUAGUCGACACCUCAUCCCAACAAAUCUAG